AUGACUGAAGAGGAAUCGGAGAAAUUCGCAGAUGUGCCUGGAGUUGUUUAUGUGUUACCAGACUCGUAUCUUGAUCCUGUAAACAAAGAAUAUGGAGGGGACAAGUAUGAAAAUGGCGUGAUAACACACAGGCCACCUCCAGUAAUGCGAACUAGGAGAUAUGGCGAAGAAGGAGGAGGCAGUCCACAAGGUGGAGCUGGUGGCCGACCUGGUUAUCCAGGUGAAGGUCAAGGGUUCUCACAAAGGAACACACAGGAAGGACAAAGAGACUAUAACAACCCUAUGGACCAAUCAGGGAACCAUCAAGUGAGAGAAAGAUAUUGA